AGAUAAUCGUGAUGUCACUGUUUCUGGAUUUGGCUGAAGAAGAUGGCGGCCUCCUCAGGAGUUAAAGUUCCACGUAAUUUCCGCUUGUUGGAAGAGCUUGAAGAGGGUCAGAAAGGUGUUGGAGAUGGGACAGUCAGCUGGGGCCUUGAAGACGAUGAAGAUAUAAUGCUAACACGGUGGACGGGCAUGAUCAUCGGACCGGCACGAGUAAGUGUGACUGCAGCAGGAACUAAUUAUGAGAACAGGAUAUACAGUCUGAAAGUGGAAUGUGGUCCGAAAUAUCCUGAAUCACCACCGGUCGUUAGAUUUGUUACAAAAAUUUGCAUGAAUGGGAUAAAUAAUUCCAAUGGGAUGGUGGAUACACGAAGCAUACCAAUUCUAUCUAAAUGGCAAAAUUCUUAUAGCAUUAAAGUUGUUCUUCAAGAGUUAAGGCGUCUAAUGAUGUCCAAGGAGAAUAUGAAGCUCCCACAACCACCAGAAGGACAAACCUACAGCAAUUAAUUGUUCACGAAUUGUUUACUUUUGACCUCUAUUGUCUUAAACCUUAUUCUCUGUCUUAAAUAUUCCCUCCACCAUUCCAAGAAUUUAGACUGAGAGCCAGGUUGGAUAUUCCUAAAAUUGGACAUUCCUUCUAGUUAGUUCAUUCUAGAAUGUCCCCACUGAGAGUGAAAUUAUGUUUUUAAGAACACAGUUAUUCCUCUUCUAUUGACCUUUUAUUUUUAUUUAUUAUUAUUUUUUUUUCACCUUUAUUUAACCAGGUAGGCUAGUUGAGAACAAGUUCUCAUUUGCAACUGCGACCUGGCCAAGAUAAAGCAUAGCAGUGUGAGCAGACAACACAGAGUUACACAUGGAGUAAACAAUUAACAAGUCAAUAACACCUUAGUGUGACCAUUCACUUUCUGAUCAUAAAAAUAUAUCAAGUUGGCUUCCCAAGAGAAGCAUAGCACCAAGUGGAGACCCAAGCCAGAACAAUUUAUCUUUCGAAUGGCAGGUCACUGAAAUAAAGAAUUGAGGUGUGUGUAUGAUGCCAUGCUCCAACUAAGAAAUGGACAAAAAUACACCAGUUGUAAUUUGUAGGUACAUUGAAUUAUUAUGAAGAUUAAAAUGUGGCUGUAGGCCAGAAGUAGUGUCACCUGGUGUGAAAGAUUUGUUUUAUAUUUUUUAUUUGACACAACAUUUCUGUUCUGCUGCUUUUUGACUUGUAACAGACCUUAAAGCCUGUUUGGUUCCGAAAAAAUACCCCUUGCAUUUAACUUUUAGUGAAAAUGAGUAUGUAUGACAUUGUGAUUUUUCUGACAAAAUCGAUAUCUGAAAAAUAUGUUGCAAACUGCAUACAUUUUUACCCAAUCUAUUAUGAAAUAUCUGUUGAAUAUUAUACGGUAAGUUAUUUAAGUAAUAAGGACUGAGGUGGUGUGGUAAAUGGCCAAUAUAUCACGGCUAACGGCAGUUCUUAACACAACGCGGAGUGCCUGUAUACAGCCCUUAUUCGUGGUAUAUUAUUGGCCAUAUAGGGAAAGCGCUACCGGAGCGCCAAGUCUAGGUACAAAAGGCUUCAUAACAGCUAAUAAGACUCCUGAACAGUUAAUCAAAUGGCUACCCAGACUAUUUGCAUUGUCCCCCCCACCCCCUCUUUUAUGCGGCUACUACUCUGGUUAUAUAUGCCUAGUAACUUUAACUAUACCUACAUAUUACCUGGACUAACCUGUGCCCCGCACAUUGACUCUGUAUUGGUACCCCCUGUAUAUAGCCUUGCUACUGUUAUUUUACUGCUGCUCUUCAACUAUUUGUUAUUUGUAUUUUCCACUUAACACUUAUUUUUCUUAACUGCAUUGUUGGUUAAGCAUUUCACUGUAAGGUCUACUACACAUGUUGUAUUUGAUGCAUGUGACAUAAAAAUUGAUUUGAUAUACCACAAACACCCUUAUUGCUAUUAUAAACUGUUUUCCAACGUAA